AAUGAAAUUGCAUUACAAUCAACGGUCGCAGGCGGCGUGGUGACCUACUUCUAUCACAACCACACUCGUGUUUUCUCUCUCAACAAAAUCCAGCUCACACUGCACGCAGCGGCCGAAUUCAUUCAUUAUUUUCAAAUAAAAUAAAGAAUUAUACAAGCCCUAACCCUAAUUUUCGAGAUUGCAUACACAUUGAGAUAGAUAUAAAUCCACGCAUCCCUUCACCUUUCUCAAAUCACAACCCUUCUCCAAUUCCUCUCCGUUCAAUUCGAAUCGAUACCUCCCAAACUCUCAUCUUCCGCCGCUACCUUUCGAUUUCGCUUUUGUCACUUAGAUUUGGGGCUUUUCCUCUUUCAAUCCCCUUUUCAGUUUUACUCUUUAUUGUGAUUAUCCCAAAACGAUUCAGAACUUUCCUUUGUGAAUGGUGGAAAUCUCGAGCGCACAAUUAAUGGUCAUCCCUUCUUCUUCUUCUUCAAGAAGAGGGGUUUCGCUUUCGACCACCAAUUCUUUCUGCUUCGGGUCCUGUAUGGAAGGCUGGUACUACCGCUGCCUCGGCCUCGACCCGUGAACUCCCGAUUGAUUACUUUUUCGUGAUUUUUUAUUUUCAUUUUUUGCGAAGAACCCCAAUUUUUGUUCUCUUUGAUUUAAUUCUUUGGUUGCUUUCUCCUUUCGUCAAAAGAAAUCGUUAAAGAAAUUCGAAGGAAAAAAAAUGUUGCUUUACAAGCAGAAGAAGAAUCAGGCGGUGAAGGUAAACCGGUUCUUGAUCAGCGUUACGUUUCUGGGUAGCGCCGGUCCGAUCCGGUUCGUGGUCAAUGAGGACGAGCUCGUUGCUGCUGUGACUGAUACUGCGCUGAAAUCGUAUGCGCGUGAGGGCAGGCUCCCUAUUCUUGGAUCCGAUCUCAAUAAUUUCAUUCUCUAUUGCCCCAUUGCUGGAACUGAAGCUCUGAGUCCAUGGGAGACGAUUGGAUCAGUUGGUGUUCGGAAUUUCGUGCUGUGCAAGAAGCCUCAAGCUGAGAAGGCCAUUGACAGCGAGAAGCUGCCUCCGAUAUCUCGCAAGGGGUCUGGCAGCUGGAAAUCAUGGUUCAACAAAUCAAUCAAUCCCAAGAUAUCUUCUCAUUGAAUAAGUCAUAUUUGCCUCUUUUGGGAGCUGUUUAUUGGGGUCUUUGAGAGUUUGAUUAUCUAUGUUUUGUUGGUUUUCUAUUUGGGUGUGAUUUGGGGUUGAAAUAAUUGGAACCUUUGUGGUUCUGCUGCCCCAAUAAAAACAGAGUUGCUUGAUUUUGAUUGAGUCAAUUCUUGGCUUGAGAGUGUUUCUUCUUUGCAGUCAUCAACUUGUAUCAUUAUGGAUUGAUUCCUCAUUAAACUAUACUAUUAUUUUUAUUUA